UCGAGUUCGCAACAAUCCAAACGCCAGACGCUCCAGCUGCCAGUCAGUGACCAAAAGUGUGGUAUAGAAAUUUCCAAAAUUACCCGAAACAAAGUCCACAAAGGACAGACAGCCUGCCACCUAGAGAAGGGCAAAAAUAUUCCAUAUCUGCGAAACGAUAAUCCCUUUGUUGUUGUUUUGAAUUUUACGACUGUUUGGGUGCUUGCACUGUGGAUGAACUUUGCAGGCGUCUUUUGGGGUAUAAAAAACCCAUAAAUCCAUUCAGAAAUCAAGAAAACGAAACGCAAAAAUAUAUACAGAUCGGUCGACCAUCAGCUAUAGCUAUCUUCAUAUAUAUUGUAGAGGUUACAGUCCCAAGCAAUUGUUGAAUCGACAGGCACUACGUUCGUUCGGUCUCUCAUAUAUGGCGACGAGCGGCUGCUGCGCAUUUCAAAACAACAGAAUUGGCAGUGUUUCCAUUUCCAGCAGAGAGAGUAACACUGUACCACAACCAGCAACAAGACAGAGCUGACAGUACAAAUAGAUAAAGGAAAUUCCCGGAGAAAGAGCAGAUCAAGACAAAUCCAACGAAAAAGGAACUUUCACAACCGGAUACAGGUUCAUUCAGCGAUCUAUGAAAAACACAUCAAUCUACCAAAGUAUUUCCACAAUGAAAGCCAACAGUCAACUGAGGGUAACCGUGUGGCUGUGCGUGAUGCUGGCCAUGAUUCAGGAGCAACCCAUCGAGGCACGUGUCCGUGAUUUGUGCACGGUACAGCCCAGCACGAAUGGACUCUGUGUGCCCAGCACGCUGGGCAUUUACUUUGAUGUGGAGACGCAGCACUGCCGGUUUCUGGGCUGUGGCAACAAGCGGCUCUUCGGCAGCCUCGAGGACUGCGAGAAGAUCUGCAACAAUGCCAGACACGUGAAGAGACGCAAUCGAUCUGGUGGCAAUGAAGCCAUCAAUUGAAUACACGUUAAGGAUCUUUUUACUGAAACAAAAAUCUGUUUGCCUU